UCCCAGAGGAAACUGGUGCUUCUCCUUACCUCUCCCAAAUCUGCAACCAGGAGUCAACAUGAAGCCCAAAUCUUUUCCCUCCCGACUGUUUGACAGGAAUUCAUCAGGCAUAUCAGGUGAAAGGAGGAAUAGUUGUGCAGCAAAAUAUCAACGACAAGUUGACUCUGUGGAUCAACCACCUUCUGAUGACAGCAGUCGAAAUGAGAAAGCCAAAAAAGACCUAAAUUUUACUUUUUUGCCAGAGAGGUAUGAACCACUGAUAGAUGAUGACGCUAAAGCAGAGAAGAAAAAGAGGAAGAAAGAAAAGCAUAAGAAAGUAAAAAAGAACGUUGGGAAGGCACUCCGCACCACCUGGAAGUGUCUGAUGCUUGGUCUGUACAACUUCGCCCUCGCCUACUCCACCCCCAUUGCAGCAGCAGCAACUUUUGUUCCGGAUUUUCACCCCAGCAGAAACAGGACAUGAGCUGCGCUUCAAGGAUGCCGCCUUUGGAGUUCGUUGUAAAUAGUUGUAACCUUGGGACCUUGACCAAACUCUCUGUAUUUUGUUUAUGUUCUUGUAUUUGAAAAUAUAUAUAUAUAACAGUAGUUUUGUCUUUUUUGAAUUUUCUUUUUAUAAAUUCUACCUAUUUAGACUUGUUAUGCUUAAAUUUCAAUGUACUGUAUAGUAUAAUAUUUUAGAAUAGAAUACUUAGGGGAUCCCCCAACCUCCUCCCACAAGUUUGUUGUUUCAUAUGUUUAAUCAAGUCUCCUGCUGCAGGAUAGCAGUAGCAUUUGAAAAAUUUAUGUAUUUUUGUGAAUAUAAAUAUUUAGGAACAGAAAAAGUUGUACAAAAAAGUGAUUAACAGCAUGUUGUACUGGAAUAGACUCUUUAAACCACUUACCUAAUUAAGUAGGAAGUGAGAAGACACUUCUUUCUUUCCAACAGCUUUAUAUAACUUCAUGCAGCUGACCAAAGAUACCAUAUAUUGAAAUAAGCAAUAGCACAUUUGAGCAAUUUU